GAGCGCAGCUGGUAUCAUAACAGGUCGAACGACUUUAUAAGCGUCGGAGUCGAGGUCUGAUGUUAGGCGUAACUUUACCUAGGCGAAGAAAGCUGGCCAAGUUACAACAUGAACGUGCGGCUGUACUGCAGCAGGAAUGACGGAUGAAUUGUAACCCCCUUAAGGCCAAAGUAGUGAGUCUCGAUCUCGCAUAUUGACAGAAAAGAUUGAAAGGAAGAGGGAGGAAAUUUCUUCAAAGCCCCCUAAAAUGUCCGGUCCGGGUAUUCCGCCAGUCAUAGCCUUUCGCUAUCAUAUUAAUUUGCUCGUGUUCCUGGCUGCUGUAUAACCCAUCAGAUCGAGAGUGUGGAGAACCCUGUCUUGAACCUGCAGAUUCGCAAUCUUGGGUUCAGCCAAUAUUGCCCAAGAACGAAGUUCAUUUAGCCAUUCCAAUGACCUUAACGACCACAUCCACAUGUAACCUUGGAUCUCGUCUACUGGAAUGAAAGAAGAAGAAAAAUUCUCCUGUCAAGCGAGCAUGACCCCUGAUCAGACCUGUCAAUAUAAGUCUAUAUCAUGCUGCCAGACGACUUGAACCUUGGAUGAUCGUCCAGCGUUGAGCCAUCCUGGGACUCAACAUGAGGUUAACUAAGGUUAUUGGCGGUAUCACCGCCGCCUUGCUCGUGAGCGGUGUAGCAGGUGCCAGGCUGCCCGAGAGACAGGAUGUUUCCCUUGCUCCUCCUCCGCCCAGCUCACCCCCGGCACCCCCGGCAUCACCAAGCUCUUCAAAGUCCUCGAGCGUUCCCAAUACUUCAAAGACUACCAAGCUGUCAAUCACGGCUUCUGCCACCACUAAGCCCGCAGCUCCGGCUCCAGUUGCGACAUGCACGGCGCAUUUGCUAGUAGACGAUUUCUCUCAGUGGGAGAACGGCGAGAACUCUCUGAAGGGAGCUACAAGCGAUGACCAGACUAUGAAUGCUACUAGUACCGAUGGAGGCAUUUUAACGUUUACGCCCAAUAACAUCGAUGUAUCUUACAUCUACGAGCAGUUCGACUGUCUAGACACGGUAGCACGCAAGUACGACUCCGUAUCGUUCAACAUCAAGGGCCCCGAAGCGGCCUCGGUCUCCAUUGAGCUGCAAACCGUCACCGAAUGCUCAGAGACCGAGUACCAAAGCCACUACUACACACUAAACGGUUUAAGCGGUUCCCUACAGACGAUCAACAUUCCAUUGAAUAAUUGGGAGGGAGCUGGCUUAGAAGGAGUUGUCGGUAUCCUUUGGUACGGCUUCUCCGCUGGGUUGACCGGUACCGAUAACGAAUGGCAACUGGAUAACCUACAAUUCUUGUGCUCUGGUGUUGCGCCGCCCAAGGACCCCGAACCUCCGGCAACUACUACCAAGCCUACUGAGCCCGAUCCACCAGUGGUAACCGUUACAACUACCAUCUAUACAACUCUGCCUGGCGGUGACGUUACGACUACGACGGAGACCACUACAGGAAGCUGGAGCACUCCUGGCAAGCCAACGACCACGAAGCAAACUACUACCACAAAGCGUCCCGGAUGGCCUACUACUACUUCCCGUCCCAUCUGGCCGACCGAGCCUCCAUGGUGGGAUGAUGACCCAUGGGACGACGACCCAGGCUGGGGAGGCUGGCCUGAUGACGGUAUCGUGCCGCAGCAAGUCAGAGCAACCGCCACCGUCGACCCUACACCGGUACCUUCGAUAGUCACAAACGUCCAGCAGAUUGUAGCCCGCGACGAAGGUGCAAAGUGCGACCACCUUCUCGUCGACGACUUCAUCUCCCAAUCUCGACUGACUUUUCUCUUCUACAACGCCUUGCUGAAGUCGAGCAGUGAUGAUGGAACGAUGAAAUCCGUCGCGGUUAAGAACAACAGAGUCACUUUCACCCCUCAAGAUACCGACUCGUACUGGUACACCCAGCUCGGCUGCAUUGAUGCGAGACAAUACGGAGGAAUCUCGCUUCGCAUCUCGGCCGCUUCUGGUACGUCUUUCGACGUUCAGCUUUCUUCGACCAAGGGAGCAUGCGGCAGCGAGGAUACAAAUGAUGUUGUUUUGACGUCAAAAGAGCUCGGCUGGACGUUUAACGGGAAGGAGCAGCUUUACUCGAUCCCCUUCUCUAAGUUCAAGGGGCUUGACCUGACCAAGUUCGAAACGAUCUUCAUCUCCAAUUUGAAGAAGCCUGUUACCUUUGGGCCCAUAGCCUUGUACUGUGGAAACGAGGUCGUCGAAUACAUCCCCCCCGCGGUUAUCGAGCCGUCUGGUCCGACCGAGACGGUACCAGCGCCCCCGAGCAAGGCUACGAACCUCGUGAUCGACAAGUUUGCUAACUCGGAGACCAACGCCUUGGGGCAAUGGCACGGAGCAGACGAGGGGAUUACAUUGACCUUCAAGAAGAACACAAUGACGCUGAAGACUAACGACUCGGACCUGAUGUGGGUUACCCAAGUCUCCGAUACCUGCAGGGACCUCACCGAGUUCGACGGGUCUUACCUCCACGUCGCUUACACCGGAAGCAACCUGUUCACCGUCGCCCUGCAGCAGCACAACGAGAAGUGCAACAACGACAUCUACCCCUACCCCGAGACCUGGGACUCCCUCGAGGCCUCGCGGUACAGCACCGAGACGGACAUCUGGAUCCCGCUGAACCACUUCAACGUGGAGCGCAAGCGGGCCAUCGGGUUCGCGUUCAAGGGGUUCUACAGCGCCACGCCCACCGUCUUCUCCAAGAUCGAGAUCGUCAGCGAGAUCCCCAAGUCGUUCCAGGUCCCGGAGAAGCUGCCGUCGGGCCAGUUCAUCUUCGCCUGCAAGCGGCCCAACUCCUUCGCCUUCGCCAUCGACGACGGGGACCCCGUCUUCGCCCAGCAGGUCAUGAAGACGAUCGACGACGCCGGCAUCACCGUCACCUUCUUCACGGUCGGCGCGCCGCUGCGGGACCCCACCACGAACCUCAGCGCCAUCUACAACGAGAUGGCGGCCAAGGGCCACCAGAUCGCGCUGCACAGCUACACGCACCCGCCCCUGGAGGGCCUGCCGGACGACGCCUCCAUCGACUGGGAGUACUCGAACGACAUCGAGGCGGUCAAGGAGACCUUCGACGGGCUGACGCCGCGGUACUUCCGGCCGCCGUUCGGGACGGAAGGCGCGCGGAUGCGGCAGCGGCUCGCGGCGCUGAUCGAGGACCCGUACAUCGUGCAGUGGAGCGUGGACGUGGAGGACUGGCUGUGGGCGGAGUCGGACACGCCGGAGAAGCAGCUGGAGGCGUUCAAGCGGGACGUCGCGGCCGGCGGCAACAUCGUCGUCAUGCACUACCUAUAUAACAGCACCGUCAGCUACCUCAAGGAGUUCAUCGACAUCGCCAAGGCCACCGGGAAGCAGCUCAUGCGCGUCGACCAGUGCAUGAUGGACCCGAACGCGCCGCCGCUGCCGGGUGAGAAGAAAUAA